ACGCAAGCGAUGCUAAAUCAACCGAAGUGAGCGCGAUAUCAAAAAACGAAAAACAAAUGCACGGCAACAACUCCAAAAUCAUCCGUACCAUAACGACCAGCGCUCUCAACGAAAAUCAAACGACCUCUAGCGGCGCAGAGCUCAACAGUCGCAACAACUUUAUACUGGUCCGUAAUUCCAAGGGUACGGAUGGCGGCCAUUUUCUUCUUCGUACCGAUGGACUGGCCCAUUCCAAGAACAAUAUUCUCUUGGAGGACACUGAAGGUGGCAAAAUAGGUCAAAUUUUGAUCCAGCAAAGCGAAAUUAAGAAGGGGGUGCUGGUCCAGUCUGUAAAACGGUUAAGUUCGCCAAUAUUUCUCUUGAGCGGGGGAGACAACAGUAACGGACACAUACUAAUACACACCGCGGCUCCUACUGAAGAAAUCAGGCAUCCUACUAUUGAAAUCGACGAUGGCGGUGAUAAUAUUUUGGUGCAGGCCUUAGAAGGUAUCCACGAUGGCGAUUCGCCCAGCAGCAGGGGAUUGUCUACGCCUAUUGGUUCAGACGGAGAGCCCAUCAAGCUGCCCGAAAACCUGGAAAGUUUGCCCCGAUCUGACCACUUUCCCACGCAGAGGCAUCGCUGGAAUACGAAUGAGGAAAUCGCCGCCAUCCUUAUCAGCUUCGAUCGGCACUCGGAAUGGCAAAGCAAGGAGGUCAAGAUCAGACCAAAAAGCGGCUCCAUGUUGUUAUACAGCAGAAAGAAAGUACGUUACCGUCGAGACGGUUACUGUUGGAAAAAACGGAAAGAUGGCAAAACUACAAGAGAAGAUCACAUGAAGCUAAAAGUCCAAGGAACCGAGUGCAUCUACGGCUGCUACGUCCACUCUGCAAUACUACCAACUUUUCAUCGAAGAUGCUAUUGGCUGCUCCAGAACCCCGACAUCGUUCUUGUUCACUAUUUGAACGUCCCUUAUCCGGACGACAACAAACUAGCCGUCAUAACCCCGAGUCUGGCCCUGUGGGCCGACAAAAAAGAAUGGACGAAGGAGGAGCUGGUUUCGCAACUGAAACCCAUGUUUUUCAGCGAAGACGAGCCGGACAUCAACAACGAAUUAGAAAUAUCGAAUUUCAAAUUACAGACUGCCGAAACAGUGGAGGCCAUAGUCAGUCAAUUAAUGGAAAAGCAGCGGGUAGCCAGACAAGCAGCAUUGGUCAAACAAUUGGAAUGUGGUUGCCCUGAUUCAACAUGUGCGGAUGGCAAGAGUUGUUCUCAUCCCAUGAGAAGGAUAACGGCGGCUAAGGAGGUGGCCAGUUCGCCGUUGCCCAGCUCGAGCUCAAAUUCAAGGCCGCCAAGCAACUCCGACAACAAUAAUCAAGUUUCUUCCACUACGGGAUCGGGACCUAUGUUAUUGGGAAACGGCAAUUCGCCGAGAGUGUAUUCCAGGGAUACACGUAACCAACAGACGGCUCAGAACAACAUCAACUGCUCCUCAAGUUCAGGCAACACACCUCCCUUAGUUCUGAGUCUUUCCCAAAUCCAAGGCGGCGGUGGAUUGCUGAUCCUCAACAGCAAUUCCGGCAACAGCAGUACUAACCAUCAGAAUCUAGUCAAUCCCGUAUCAGUAGCUAAUUUCGUGUGCAAUACAAAUCGCGUGAUUCCCAAAGAAAAACCUAGUCAUUUGGUACUUAAACAAGAAGUCAUGGAGACGAAUCCUUCUUCCUGCUUGCAUUCCUCCAAACAGAAUUCCAAAUCUGUUCAAAGAGAUAUGAAGAUGGAACUGAGCGAAAAUCAUAGACAAUCAGUUUUUCACGAUAAUUCCAUGUAUAAUAAUAGAAAUCACCAUCAACAAACCGAGGUUAUCAUGUCCAGCGCUCCGUCAACUCCGUCGAAGCAUAUGGAUACCAGCCAAGAAGAGGUUGUCGAUGAUUAUAAACAUCAAAAUUUCUGCAGUGAGACAGUAGUGCUUUUAGGAACCGAUUCUAGCGGAUCAUUAGUUAGCAAAAGCGACGGAUCUUCCAUUAUAAACGGGGGGUUUUUCAAUGAGACUUUAGAUUUGUCACAGGAGGACAUUCAAAGAACCCUAUCGGCAAACAUGCCACUGUGUUCAACAGAACUUAAUAAUCAAAACAACGCUCAAGAAGCGAACAAUACUGACCCCCACCAUCAUCAACACCACCAUCACCACCACCAAAACAAGACCCAACAACCGCCACUCACCACCGAAAUCAAUCCCAUGGACUUCAUCGAUAGUUGCGACGUCAUCGUUUCUCCGACGCACGUCGUCGACGAUGACGUGUUCGUCAAUUUGGAUGCGUUCGAUAUGCUCGGCGAGUUUCCCGAUCUGGAAAGUUUAGAUUCUGGUCAUGCUGGACUCCUAGAUGUUAAUCCGUCCGAAAAUAGAAGUAACACGAAGGCACAACCAGAACACCAACAGAACAACCAUCCAAUGGAGGGGUCCGCUAAGAUUACCGAUUAUUCUCCAGAGUGGGCUUAUCCGGAAGGCGGCGUUAAGGUUCUCGUUACCGGGCCUUGGCACUCUUCUGGACCCUAUACCGUACUUUUUGAUACAUUCCCCGUACCUACCACUCUUGUACAAAGUGGUGUGUUACGAUGUUAUUGUCCAGCGCACGAAGCUGGUUUAGCAACCCUGCAAGUAGCAUGCGAUGGUUAUGUGAUUUCCAACUCUGUGAUAUUCGAGUACAAGUUGCCACCUAGAGAGGAACACGUGGCUGCACCUGAACCUAAAGUAGAAAGAUGCAAUGAUAAUUUACUCAAGUUUACCCUCCUCCAAAGACUUGAGGCCAUGGACGACCGGCUACAGAUUAAACAGGAACCUGUGGAUAACGAUGUGGUUGAAGACACGGCUCUAUUCGGACAGGCAAAUUUUGAAGAUCGACUAGUGAGCUUUUGCCAAAAUAUGACGUCACGAAUAUGGAGACACGGUGAAGAGCUCAGUGUCUCCUGGUUCGCUAGUCACAGAGGAAUGACGCUUCUUCAUCUCGCAGCUUCGUUGGGUUAUUCGCGCCUGGUUUGCGCCAUGUUACAUUGGCGCGCUGAAAAUUCUUCAUUACUGCUCGAAACCGAAGUGGACGCUCUUAGCCAAGAUGAAGAUGGAUUCACUCCUUUGAUGUGGGCUUGUGCCAGAGGUCAUAUUGAAACAGCCGUGAUGCUCUACAAAUGGAACCACAACGCGCUCUACAUGAAGAACACUUCGAAUCAGACUGCUCUGGACUGCGCCAGGGCUAACAAUCACUUGGAUCUGGUAAAAGAAAUCGAAAAGCUAGAAUUGAGAAGAGACAAGGCCAAUAUGAUGCUGCAAUCAAAUCAUUCGUCUUCGGAAACCGCUUUAUCUCCCACUAUUAUAUCACCAGCCAGUUCGAUAGCAUCGCUGGUUUCCAUUGCAUCCACUAGCAAGUCACACGACGGGGUUUUCUUGAGACCAGGAGCAGUAACAAGAAGCGAAGUGAAUAAGUAUAAGAUCCUAAACGUGGACCUAGAUUCCGACUCUAACAGCAAACUGAUAACGUCGGCCCCUAGUCCAUUGCUGUCGGAUUUUUCUUCAAGUACCAGAGGUAGCAACGGUCAAAAGUUGGUCAAGCGGCCAUCUAUAGACAGCGGAAUCAACAUGAGCUGUGGCCCGGCUUCAGAAAGUUAUAGACCCAAGAGUUCCAAGGUGUGGAGUAGCCGUGAAGCACCAAAACUUUCCAAAUUUGACAGAAGCAUGUCCCUACCUCUGCAGACCUCGUGUUUAAAAGAUAAUUCUUUUGAUAUUGAGAGUUUGGAUUCUCAUAAAAAGAUGGAUUUUGCAUUGUGCGAGAUAGGGAGUGGUCCCCGAAGCAGUAGCCCUCUGAUAGACGUAGAAGGUGUCUCGGAUGAUGAGAGUGAGCUUCCCAACAGUACUGUAGGGGAGCAAGAUGCCAGAGUAUUAACGCUGGCCGAACAGAUUAUAGCUGCUAUGCCUGAUAGAAUAAAGAACGAGAGUGAGGAGAUGAUGGACAAAAGUCCAUGCCCAACAGAUAAUCUACAAACUACUGAUACCUUAUCUGAUGUGUUUAUGGAACCAUUGUUAGAUCAGUCAUCUUCCAGUUUUGAAUCGACAGAAUUUAAUUUUGAAUUCUCCGAUCACAACUAUAGAUACUACGAUGUCAGUACUCCUUGCUCUAGUUUGAGUCCAGCUUCUUCCAGUUGUUUACAGUCACCUUGCUCCUUCACACUUGAUUCUCCGUCUCCACCACCAACCACCGCUGACUUCUGUGAGUUCUUUCAAGCAUCAGGCACUGUUUUUGAAAAGGAUUUCUCUAAUCUAACACUAUCAGAUCGUGAACAACGCGAACUCUACGAAGCUGCAAAGAUAAUCCAAAAGGCGUACCGCUCCUACAAAGGACGCCAGCAGCAAGAACAAAAUAAAGAAAGGGCAGCGGCCGUCGUCAUCCAAAACUACUACAGACGUUACAAGCAGUACGCCUACUACAAGCAGAUGACCCACGCCGCUAUGGUGAUCCAGAACGGCUACAGAUCUUAUUGCGAACACAAAAGGUUUAAGAAAAGCCAAGAGGCUGCGGUGUGCAUUCAAAACUAUUACCGAAAUUACAAGGAGCAGGGGGGGAGAAGUAGUAGAGAGGGGACACCCGCUUCGAACGGGUUGAAGCGUACUUACUCGCAAAGAAGACAACACCAAGCAGCAAGAAAGAUACAGCAGUUUAUGAGACAGUCCAAGAAUAAAUUACAGAGAGAACGAGCCGAAAGAGAGAAGCAGGGGGGCCAGUCAGCGGAUGCCCAUCAAAAGUCACUGUGUCCAGGGGGCUCUUCCAGUUACAUAGGCCCAAAUAGCAGAUCAAAUAAUACAGACUUAAAAGAAGACUCAAGAAAAAGCAACGAUAAGAAGUGA